UUACGUUACAGAGUCAAACCGCACAACACAACUUGACGCGUUUCUCUCGUCCCACGUCUUCUUCUUCCUCGCAACUCCUCACUCUGUAGUCUCUGUUUCUCAUUUGCCAUAUAUAUAUUCACAACACACACUGACUCUUAUCCCCAAAUCAUCAACUCAAACCUUUUGUAAAUCCAAUUCUUCAAUGGCUAUCAUCAAAUCGAACAAAGAUCACAAACCAUGCGGUGGUGGCGGCGGCGUUUUUACCACCGUCGUGACUCGCGAAGUCUGGGCGGAGAAUCUCGAAUCUGAAUUUAAACUAAUCAGCGAAACUAUCGACGAUUAUCCAUUCAUCUCCAUGGACACUGAGUUCCCCGGCGUGAUUUUCAAAUCUGAUCUCCGAUUUACAAACCCCGGCGAUCUCUACAGUCUACUUAAAGCUAACGUCGACGCGCUCAGCUUAAUCCAAGUCGGUCUCACUCUCUCCGACGCCGACGGUAACCUCCCGGAUCUAUUCGGUGACGGACGGCGGUUCAUUUGGGAGUUUAAUUUCCGAGACUUCGACGUGGCGCGUGACGCACACGCUCCGGAUUCCGUCGAGUUGCUCCGUCGGCAAGGUAUCGAUUUCGAGCGGAACCGCCGCGACGGGGUUUGUUCGGAGAGGUUCGCGGAGCUGAUGAUGUCGUCGGGGCUUGUUUGUAACGAGGACGUGAGCUGGGUGACGUUUCAUAGCGCGUACGAUUACGGUUACCUUAUGAAGAUUCUCACGCGCCGUGAUCUGCCCGGCGCGUUGGGGGAGUUUAAGCGCGUGAUGAGAGUUUUGUUCGGUGAGCGCGUGUAUGAUGUGAAACAUAUGAUGAAGUUUUGUGAGAGGAGAUUGUAUGGCGGUUUAGACCGGGUUGCGAGGACGCUUGAUGUUAACCGGGAGGUUGGGAAAUGUCAUCAAGCCGGUUCGGAUAGUUUGCUUACGUGGCACGCGUUUCAGAGGAUGAGAGAUUUGUAUUUUUCUCAAGAUGGGCCGGAGAAGCAUGCUGGGAUUUUGUAUGGGCUUGAGGUCUUAGAUCACAAACCAUGCGGUGGUGGCGGCGGCGUUUUUACCACCGUCGUGACUCGCGAAGUCUGGGCGGAGAAUCUCGAAUCUGAAUUUAAACUAAUCAGCGAAACUAUCGACGAUUAUCCAUUCAUCUCCAUGGACACUGAGUUCCCCGGCGUGAUUUUCAAAUCUGAUCUCCGAUUUACAAACCCCGGCGAUCUCUACAGUCUACUUAAAGCUAACGUCGACGCGCUCAGCUUAAUCCAAGUCGGUCUCACUCUCUCCGACGCCGACGGUAACCUCCCGGAUCUAUUCGGUGACGGACGGCGGUUCAUUUGGGAGUUUAAUUUCCGAGACUUCGACGUGGCGCGUGACGCACACGCUCCGGAUUCCGUCGAGUUGCUCCGUCGGCAAGGUAUCGAUUUCGAGCGGAACCGCCGCGACGGGGUUUGUUCGGAGAGGUUCGCGGAGCUGAUGAUGUCGUCGGGGCUUGUUUGUAACGAGGACGUGAGCUGGGUGACGUUUCAUAGCGCGUACGAUUACGGUUACCUUAUGAAGAUUCUCACGCGCCGUGAUCUGCCCGGCGCGUUGGGGGAGUUUAAGCGCGUGAUGAGAGUUUUGUUCGGUGAGCGCGUGUAUGAUGUGAAACAUAUGAUGAAGUUUUGUGAGAGGAGAUUGUAUGGCGGUUUAGACCGGGUUGCGAGGACGCUUGAUGUUAACCGGGAGGUUGGGAAAUGUCAUCAAGCCGGUUCGGAUAGUUUGCUUACGUGGCACGCGUUUCAGAGGAUGAGAGAUUUGUAUUUUUCUCAAGAUGGGCCGGAGAAGCAUGCUGGGAUUUUGUAUGGGCUUGAGGUCUUUUAAGGGGUGUACUGAUUUAAAAAAAAAAAUUCAAUUGAUUAACUCAAUUAAUCCUUGUAGCUAAUGUUCUUUUGGUAAGAGGAAAUAUAUAUUAAAAAAAAAAUAAUGAUACAUUUUUAAA